CAGCAAAGGCUGCACCCUAUCCUAUCCUAUCCUAUCCAAAUUUUAAUGGUUCCUAAGAUGAAUCUUGGACUUAUUUUUUUCACCUAGAGAAUGUAAGUCUAAGUUGAAUCAAGGUGAGUGUUGCCUUAAGAUUGAUCUCGCUUUCGUUCGUUUUGCAUAGGAAAUUGUUAAAGCUUGUUUUUUAGCUCGUUUCUCGAACGAUGAAUAAGAUCGCUGCCAUCUUCCGACAAAGAGUGUUUGCUAGGAAAAAAAUGUCGUCAUCCCAUGAAUAUGAAAACAUGCUAGCGAGGAAAAUGUUGAUAGUACGCUUUGCAUUCCACCUCCUGGCAGUCGCGGAAAGCGUAAUCAUACGCGGAAUCGAAGAUGGAGGGUUAGGCCGCCCUGGGUCAUCUGAUGCUGAUAUGCUCCCGGCAGAACAUCCAAGAGAACAAGCAGCUGCGGAUCUUCAUCACGCGGACGCGGCGGCACUUACUAGCCCUCCUUUUGGAUCAGGAUCUUCUUCAUCUUCUUCCGGUGUAAAUGUAAGAAACCUUCUAAAUCCUACUAGCUCCUCCAUGUCGAUGUCCGAGGACUCCGAGUCGAAGCUCCACGACAGGAAGAGGAAGAGUAAUUUUCCCCCUGCAAGAAUACGAGAUGCUUUCAUGGAUGAAACAGAAGGCGAGCAGGACAAGGUCGCUGCUCUCGCAGAAGAGAUGCAAGAAAGAUUGACAUUGAUUACUCAGCAAGAAGGAAGGUCAGCGUCAGAUAAGGGACAGAACGCUUCUGGUGCAACAAGCAGAAAGACACCAGCAACAAACUGCAACACUUUUCCUAAGAGAUCUUCAUCUUUCGAAGACUUUUUCGGCGUCGUCAUGGAUUUUCUGCUCAAAAGGUCUGCUGAACUGUUCAGAGCCAAAGACUUCCAACUCCAAGUAUCAGAGGAGCAAGUGCAAGAGCUAGAGCAGCGCUUAAGGAAACUGCACUGUGCUUUCUACUUAAAUUUUGUGCAAAAUUUCUUGUCACUACGUACGAGAGAAACGCCGUGGGACACAGAGAGAAGGACCGAAAGAGCAAUAGAGGACAUACUCAGCAGUAGCCUACCCGAUUUUUUCAGAAGGGACACGCUGGAACUGAGGAACCCCCUGAUGAUGAUGAAACAUUUACAUUGGGACGAGCUGGACUCAAUAGUUAUCUUCGCUUUGUUAAAGAAUGAUAUAGAAACUUCUGUUGAGAACAAGAGGCAGCUCACCUGCAGGGAUGCCAUUAUACCUCGUGCUCAAGAUAAGGAUGGGGCAGCCUUGCUUCUUUCGAUGGGCGGUGAACAAGCACUGUACCGCCUUGUUGCCCUCUGCAUGCGCUCCGACGAAACAGUGCGAAAGUGGACGAAUUUUCUAGUACACGACACACACUUGGAUAAGCCAGUGCCUCCGCAGGAGUUUUGGCGACGACUGGGAAGUAUUCACGUCGCGUUGUCCAAGCACAAGGAUCAUACCUCUGUAGAGGAGUCUCGUAUCGACAGAGACAUGGAAACGAUAAAAAAUGCUGGUUACGGGGAGGGUCUGUGCCAGGCUGUGGAGAUAGGGCUGGUAACGUACGAUCUUCCCAACAAGGAAGUGGGGAUCGUCUCAGAUUUGCGAAGGCAUCGAAGAUGUAUGGCUAAGCUGGUUUGAGUGAGUGCAGCACCAGAAGGAAUGUGAUCGGUUAUAUCUUUGCUUGGAAGCCGCGAAUCCUACACGCGGCGCCAUCGUUACAAGAUGGCACUUCUCUUCCGCACCCUCAUUCUCAUUGUUAUUCUCAAGUGCACUAUUCGUAUUCUCAUUCUCUUACUCUUUCUUCUCUUUCACCCACCCUCUCCACCUUCGCUUCGCCGCCACCACAGACACGAGGUCGCAGCGAUUGCGUCGGCACGAGUCCACCACUCGACUCUCCGCAUUCUCACUCACAUUCGCGUCCAGUUCUCUUCGCUCAUGUUCCUUUAUUUUCAGUUCCUUACUCCCCCUAUGCUCACGGACAGUAUGCUAAUCCCUAUGCUUUCUCUCUCACGAUCUUUUCGUCCUAUCGUGCAUGGGUGACCUCAAGAUAGCAUUCUGGUCUGUGCGCUAGUUGGGAGAACUGGUGGCCAUAGGUAAAGCAAUACUCACUCAAUCCGUGUUCCUUCAUUAUUAUGCUCGGUCAAAUGGGAAGCAGCGCAGCGAGUCGCGACCAAGAAAGCCGCAGACGAGUCGUGACAAGGAGUUUCCCGCUACUUUCACCUGCUACCGCUGCGUUUGAGAAAUUUCUGGAGAAGACACUGCAGAAAGUGAUUUGCGAGGAGUUUCUUCCCCGUGAGGGUCAUCGCGAUCACGACUUGCAAGAGCGUUAUCUUCGCUACAAGGAAGGUCUUCAAGCAGUGGACCGCGUGCGGCUUGGCCUAAAAUAUCGAGCAUCUGCAGAAGAAGGAGUUAUGAAGAAAGAGCGCCCUGCUGCUCUUUUGUUGAAUUGAUAAAGAUCUUGAUCUUGUUGUUGAUCUGAAUCCCCUUAAUUAAGUAAUACUUAAGUAUAUAGAGUACAGUUUAUAGCACGCAUGGUGCAUGGAGUAGCAUGGAGUAGCAUGGAGCGCAGAGCUUUAAGGGGCGCAAGAAGCUCCCCCUUUAGCUCCAUGCUACUCCAUGUGAUCCAUGCACUCCAUGCCGUGCGAGCUGUGAAACCUUAUAAACUGCUCUAGCUAUAAGGAUAUAGUUGCAGCAGUCGGGGUAUAAUACUUUGAUGUGUAUGUUGUGUACUAGUUCCUUCCACGACGACCUAGAUCAGUUCGAAGAAGUGAGGAGGUGAUAUAUAAUUCUCACCUCGUGAUGUGUUUUUAACCCUCGUCCCAAGUAGACAGUAAUAGCUACACAAGAGGUGCCAUGACAUGACAUGAGGGGGCUUAUUGUGUAGGAUCCACAACCUAGUAACCUAACUGCUGGCGCGGUUUUGUCCCGCCAUCAGGCUUGCAGACGGGACGCAAUGAAUGAAACACCUAAAACGGACCUAACCCAACUUUCAUAAUUUGUGGAGAAAUACAGGGAUUUGGGAAAUGGCGGACUUUUGAUAGCUUGGAACGCUGUCUGAUUGUGAAUGCUCUAGCAGAGGAGCAAAAGGAACUUGCAGCAUUUCUUCCUAAAGAUCUCGGGAGUCAGGUGGAGGCGCCCGACCUUGUAACAACACUGGAGAUCAAGGAUUGGCUAGUCGGAAAGCUUUCGUCAGCGCCUGAAAAGGAAAGCUCGUCGUGGAGUCUCUGCCUCGACGUCUGCUUUGGAAGUGAAUUGAAGGGAAAAACCACGACAUCAGGAUCUUCAGGUCCCGAUGGAGGAGGGAAGAAGAGAACAGACCCCGGAGGAGGUGGCCCUGGGCCAGGCUCUGGCGGUCCCUCAGACGAUGGUGGGAGUGCGCGAAAAGGACGACGACAGAAAGAUCAUGGACGCAGUGAAGCUUCUGGUGCUCAACGCGAUCCGGGUUCGUCCUCGUCAGGUGGACAGGCAGAGCACGGAAAGCAAACGCGAUCAUGUCCGAUGGAGCAAAUCUACGUGAUUGAGUAUCUUGAAGAAGGUGCAGAAGUUCCUUCUAGGCCACUCCGUCCCCUUCUGAGGAUAGAAGACAUAGACGGCGAUGGCGGUGACGGUGACGACUCGAGUUGUCGUAAAGACGGCGAUGGCGGUGGCGGUGACGACUCGAGUUGUAAAGAUAUUAAACGUGCAUAUUACACCUUGUGGCCACCAUACGCUGGUGGACAAGUGGAGGAUGAUCUCGCCUACAUCAGCACUCCAACGAGACCUGCCACAAAAAAGCGUGGUAAAAACAGCACUCAUGAAAUGCCUCCUGCUGCCGCGAUGCAGAUCUCAGAAGAGGAGCCGCUUAGGGAAGCAUUUUCGGGCAAGGCCGCUGAGCCGAACUACGCGGACGAUGAAUUUAGAACAUUAUUGAGUCUGGCGAACAGGAUUUUCACUGAUAUUCUGUCCUGUCGUUCAGGGAAACCAGCCAUCGUGGAUGAGAAGAAGCCUCUGGUAGAAACACCAGAAACAACAGGAGAGCCUACAGAAGCUCCACAGGAAACACAGAAGGCGAGCAAGGGAGGGCCGGAGGCUUAUCAUGGAGAUGCGCCACCAGGCACCAGUUUUGACAUUGCUGCAGGUACUGCUGGUAGUAGUAGGAUGCAAGAAGGUACAGGUGCACCACUGUCAGCCUCGGAAUCAGAUGAACGUGAAGCAGAUCCAGAUGGUGUUGGAGUUGGUGCCCUGUCUGAACCCCCAACGUCAGUUGAGUAUGAUGAUGUCCCUGACCCUGACUGUUCUGGACGCUUGCAGGACUUCGAUAGUGAAGACGAGGCAGGGGCACCUCAGGAGCAGGAAGCAGGCGACGGAGAUGGAGACCGCCCACACGAUCCAGACAACGACCCCCAGGGUGGAGCAGGACGUCAUCGUACCUGGGUAGGUCAGGUCCGCGCCAUGAUGUUCCCGGGCAAAAAAAGCGCACAACAACGCGGAGGCACAGAAGGACAAGGCCAAGCUGCAGCAGACAGACGGGCAGCGACUCCUUUUCAAACGGACGUUUGUAUGGAUAUGGACGAUGAGAAGGCAGCCCAGCUGCAAGGCUAUUUGUUUCUUAUGAGCAAGGAAAUAUGCUAAUUCUGGCUGAAGAGAGUCUUAUUCUUAUAGAUUGUGAUUAUAUAUGUCAUGAUAAACCAAAGGCAGAACAAAUCAUGUAAAGUUUUAUAGAUAGAUAAGAAACAGCAUCAUACAGCUUAUGUAAAUAAGUGGAUAAAUAGAUGGAUGAAGAGAUGGGGAGAUAGAUGACAUUAUUCUACGAGUAGGACAGCGAAAGCGUGAGCGUGAGAUGAACUUUAUAACUUUUGAAAAUCCCAGUGGAAAGCGAAAGGAAGAAGUAAGUUGUUAACAAUAACAAUCUAUCAUGAGUACUACUACUAGCUACAGACUUCUAGAGUGCUUCUUGUGUCGAGUGAAGUAUUCGUAAGAAAUAUAAAAGUGAAGAUAACUUGAUUCAGAUUGAUAAUUUCUCAUAUAUUCAUACUCUAAACAAAGAGCAGACAAGACCUGGCGCGACGCUUGGCGGAGCCAUAUGACCGUAGGCAGCGAAGUCAAUCGAUAUCGCAGCAAAAUAAUUCAAGAUUACUAUGCAGCUGGUCGCCGCAACGGAAAGUUAUACGAGGAACUGGUAGUAAAGGAAAUGUACAAUUUCGGGUGCGCGUUUCAGUACCGGAAUCAGGAGGCACUGCGGCUUAUGGCAGCAAGAAGUGACCAGCGACUUGGAGGUGGAACUGGAGACCCAACAUUUCUGCCGCAAGCGGGGACUAAGAUAGACCAUUUUGAUAUCACAGCGGAAAACUUGGUCUACACCGAUCCCGAUUAAGGCCAAAUAAAUACUCAUCGAAUAUUAUGUAUCACAUAAAAACUGAGUAGGCAAGAAAAAUUUCCAAUACUAGACGAAUAUAGUUACAACUUCUCUUCAAAAACUUGGUUUUCUUCAAUACCUUGGAACAAAGGCAAUCCAAUUCGGUCUUGGUCCUAUGCGGCCUGGGCCUGGCCAUAGUUACAUCCAUAUUGAUUUAGAAUUGUUCACUAAACGAAUGUCAAUAUGAUUUAGAUAGUGAGCGUAGAUGGAUGGAGAGGAAGCACGCUUCGGCCAAAGAUGUUCUUCUAAUGAACAUAUAGUUCCUUCUGUAAAGAGGAGUACGGAGACGAGCUGCUGCACGAGGACAUUCGUCAGCUCGUGCAGUGGUCAGUUCACCGGUUGCGAGAAGGGAAAGCACGCCGUGAUGCGAACCGUUCUUGCUUCGGUUACAAGAUGACGUUGUCCUUGAGGACCUUGUCGCUGAGGCAGAAGGCGGAUUUGCUUUCGUGGAUAAUUAAUUUUCUGGGUGCCUUUGCGUUUGCGGUAUGGAUAUCUCUCGUCGAAGUGCCUCCAACUCCUUCCGACUGGCUCUGGCUUCUUCCGGACCGUCUUCUUCUUUUGUCAGAUUGGUGGACAGGAUAUUGGGAGCUCGAGGAUAUGAGCAUGCGAGGAGCAUUGACUGAUAAGGAGGAACUUGAGAGGAGAUUUCUCGCGAAGAGAAUCGGAAAGCUUCUGUCGAGCGAGGAGCUCGACUUCGACUCGUACGAACAGCGUAUCGCAGUUGUUGAAUUCCUUGGGGGUACCUCCAUCGCGUCCAAGGAGUACGCAGCGGCAGCGGCGAAAGGGAACAAUCAUGUGUAUGCCCUUUUCCUUCAGUGGGAGCGAGAUAGAACAUGCGCACGGCACGAACACGAUGGCGAAAGAUAUCGAGUGGAGCCCUCUGGGCCUUCGAUCCUCCCUCCCUCCGGCGAGGAUGGAAAAGAUCAAACAUAUUUUGAUGUGGACGAAGAGGUCGUGGGCAAAGCUAAGCAAACUGAGUACUUUUAAGGGUAGGUUAAUAAAGGUGCUUUUGUUCUUACCGGCGCUUUUUAUGCCUCUCUACUCCCUUAGGAGGAGAAAGGCAUAACAAGCGGGGGAACCCGCGAGCACCAAAAACCUACCUCUAAUACUUUGAUGUGAUGGAGGACGCUCCUGCUGCGCCUGAUCAGGAUCAUGAGCAGAUGUGUCCUGCCGCCGACGAAAUUUCCCGCGGGGAUGAAGAAACCGCAGGCACGCAAACGCCCUUCAUAGAAGACGUGGCCGUGGCGAAGGCAACAACUUCUAGAACAAAUCCAAGAUCCGUUUGAACAGAGGUGCGCCUUGUCAUUGAUCUCGAGCAUAUACAUAUCUUAGACCUUAAUAGCGCUAAGGAAGGCCCACGAAUUUUCAGACCAAGUAGUCGCAGAUCAAACGGUCCCAACAAGAUUGUAAUGAAAAUUCUUUCCCCGUAUUGAGUAUCAAUUUACUGAAAAGUUGGCCCCCCGUGAUGGCAUCAUUUAUGAGAAAAUCCGCUCCUGAUCCGAAAAGGUCUAAGAUAGCCUAAGUACGGAUUAGAUCUAUGUCCAAGUCCCACAAUUAUCUUCUUCUUCUUCUUGUCAUUCUAGAUCUAGAUCCUCAAACUGGUAUACUCUUCCUCUGCUGAGCAGGAGGCUCAUUUACUUUACGUGAUUUCCAAUAAGUAUUCAAUCGCGAUUCUCUUUAGCGAUAAGAUUUAUGUAAGUAACUCGUUCAAACAACUUCAUCUCGAUUCCGUUCGUUAUUUCUUGAGUCAUAGACUGUAUCCAGAUAGUUUUCGUCCUUGUUCUAGCCUUAAUAUUUUUUACCAUGAGAGUCCACAAUAUCGAUGGAUUCGGGAGGACCCAUUGCAACAAGAACCCCAAUUAUAUUAUCAGCAGCCCUUUUACGAUAUGACUCAGGCACGAACUACAGGAAAGUAGCUUGUUAUUGAACAUCUUCACCAACCAAGCAACUAUAGACAUCAUCAACAACUAACGAAGCAGCAGGCUGUGCGUCGUAUACACAGCAUAACUUCAUGAUGACUCAUCAACCAAGCAGAGAAGGAUACUACUAAACAAUGGACGAUCAUAUGAAAUUAGUAUCUCUGCGUGAGUAGGGCAGUCCAGAGGAUACAUGACGUGGCAUAUUGCAGUCGUGUUCAUGCUCAAUCGGGUUCUGUAAUCGGAGGGAUAUAUUUUAUCCUAAUCUUGUCCUUGUCAAUUUAGUUCUACUUCCUUAUAGAGUUGU